AUGAAUAAACAUGACGUAGACAAGGUAGAUAAAAUUGAUGUUUUGUAUACUGGGAGGAAGUCAGACCCAUCACAUAGUGUGGCAUCUGCCUCCAUCAUUCCCUUCUGGACGGAUGCAACUCUGGAGAUACUCAAGUCAGCCAAGAUAGGGCUCAACAAUGGUAAUUAUGUUGGAGCAAACAGAGCAGCUAAGAAUAAGAAUGGUGCAACAGAUGGUGGAAAAGUGCAAAGCAGCAACUGCUGCAGCUGGCAAGUGGACGGCAACACAGCUGUUGUCUAUAUAUACAGGGCAAGAAUAAACGUGGACGGUCAGAGAGUCCAAGUCCGCGAUCACAAGAGCGCCUCCGGAGUGUAG